AUGUCAUCGACGUUAACUAAGGAACAAGUCACCCGCAGGGAGAGCUAUCUCAGACAGCGAAACAAGAUUGAUUCGAUUGAGAAAGAAGAGCUUCUUCCGCUUCUCGAGCAGCGAUGGGAUAUGUGCUACAAGGUCUGCGACAGAUUCGAAAUCGACAAUCUUCUAGAACUUUACCGAGAUGCAUAUCGACCAAAUACCUCUCCACAGAAGAUCUCGGAGAUAAUCCAGCAGAUUGAACUGACCAUCAAACUCUCCCUCUUACAGCGGCUCCCGGUGGGUUCUAGGGAUUAUUAUAAGGAUUUCAGCCUUGAAAGGCUAUAUGAGGAUGUUACACGUCUGUAUGGUGUCGUUAAAUUUCUGGAUGUGGUAUGA